UCACUCCGGACUACUUCCAAAAUUAGUUUGUCGGUCCCAGAUUCUAGCGCCGCCAUUGUUGUAUUUGUCUCACCUGAAUCAGAACAUCACUCUUAACAUUUGUAUUCAUGAUUCAUCAUACAAUGACGACUUCUAAUCUAACCCACAUCAAUUUGAUCACCACGAGAAAAUUCCACAUUAUAAACCCAUCAUUCUCCAUUGAUAAUCCUUCCAAAUUUUCUACCUCCAAAAUCGUAAACUACCCAUAUUUCCUCAUUUCCAAAACAAAAUCGACCCCAUUCAGACUCAUUUCAGAAAAUGUAGCACAUUUUCCUGUAAUUUGUUGUCUGGGAAAUCAAAUUGAUCAUUCCCAACUUCCUCAAGAUGAGAAAAAACAAGAAAAAAAGAGCUUUUGGGCAGCUGUUAGUCUUAUAAUAGGAACAGCCGUGGGUCCAGGAAUGUUGGGUUUACCAUCAGCAACCAUAAAAUCAGGGCCAUUACCAUCCACCAUUGCCAUUUUACUUUCAUGGGCUUAUGUUACUUCCUCCAUAAUUUUAGUUGCAGAGCUUAGUUUUGCUACAAUGGAGGAAGAUGGGGUCAAAGAAGUUAGCUUCACAGGGAUAGCUUCCAAAGUCUUUGGUAUCCAAUUUGGUACAUUUGUCUCGAUAGUCUAUGCUAGCCUCAGUUUUUCUCUUCUUGUUGCUUGUGUUUCUGGUAUUGGCUCUAUCAUUUCUCAAUGGUUUCCUACCUUAAAUAAUAUCACAUCUCAUAGUUUAUUUCCUUUAAUUCUUGGAUGUAUCAUUUGGUUUCUACCAUUUCAAGCAAUCGAUUCGACGAAUCGAUUUCUAUGUUGUGUGAUGCUUAUUUCAAUCAUAACUUUGGUGGGUAUUGGUGUUUCAAUUGCUAGAUCUAAUCUUUUAGUUUCUAUGUCCAAUUCAUGUUGGGAUUUUUUGACUAUACUUCCUGCAAUUCCUGUUACAGUUCUUACAUUAGGGUUUCAUGUUAUUACCCCUUUUAUCUGUAAAAUUGCUGGUGAUACAAUCCAUGAUGCUCGAAAGGCGAUUCUCGUUGGUGGAACUGUUCCUUUGCUUAUGGUUUUAUCAUGGAAUUUUAUUGUGUUAGGACUUGCUGGAUCUGGGAAAGCUCAAUCAUCUUAUUUCCUAGAAGAUCCUAUCAAAUUACUGCUGUCUGUCAAGUCUUCUGCUUUGCUUGCUGUCCAGGGAUUUGCAUUUACUGCUUUGGCUACUAGUUUUAUUGGUUAUGCUGUUAGUUUUCCUAAACAAUUGAUUGACACAUUGGAGUUGAUUUUUGGGUCUAGUAAUCGGGGAAAAGAAUCAAUUAGGGAACCUAAAAGUGGAGACGUAGAUAACGAUUCAAGCUUGAGUAGAAUGAGGUUUAGUAGUUUUGAGGGAUUGAUAUCUGUUGCUGUGCUUGUUAUUCCAGUUCUUGUUGCUUCCUUUUACCCAUCAACAUUUUCAAGGGCUCUAGAUUUUGCUGGGGUUUAUGCAAAUUGUUUUCUAUUUGGUAUUCUUCCUCCAGCAAUGACAUAUAUUUAUAAAUCCAGGAGAAAACUCAGGUCUUCUUUGCCCGGAGGAGAUUUAGUGCUUUUCCUACUCUUCAGCAUUGCCGUCAUACUGAGCAUCUGGCAUUAGAUAGAUGUUCGUGUUCAUAACUUAAUCAAGCAAAAUUCCAAACACUUUCGGUGAUAAAAGUCUAGAUUAAAAGCUCAUGAUGCUGAAGACUGCAUAGAGAUAUUUCAGCAAGGUAACUUAACAAAUGAUGUCCCUUUGAAAUUGUUCAAUUGAUUUCUCUGAUAUAAGUUCUGAUAUUCUGUGACUGAGUGUAAUGGUUGCUCUUUGAAUCUGCAAUCAUCUGUUUUUCAGUAUUUGCAUUGAUUAAUUGUUGUUGGGUUAAUCCGAUUACAAUUACACUAUCUCUUAUUUCGAUGGGUUCGAAGAUUCAUAGUUCUUUAAUUGUAGAUUAUACUGGACUAUAAUAUGACUCGUUAAAAUAUGUGCACGUGUCAUUUAUGAGAAGUUGCUGAUGUUGUUUUUUUACCAAGGGUCGAUUGAAAAUAAUAUUUUUGUUAUUACCAACAAUGGUAAGGUACUUACAUCCGCCACCCCCCACACCCCAUAGGCCCAUAGGUGGAAGCUAUUGUGAUUUGUGAUAAAUUGGGUCAAAGGGUCCAAGGGCAUUAUCGAUAUUUUACUAUUAGUUUUCUUCCUAUUUUUUGUUAGUUAGGAUAGCUGUUAUUUUUAGUAAUUAUUUGUUGGGCUUAGGCUUAU